AUGGGCGUCAUCCGCAAGAAGACCGCGACUCGUGGCGGCGAGGGUGGAGUCAAAUACGUUUGCGAUGUUUGCUCUGCGGAUAUCACGUCUACCGUCCGCAUACGGUGUGCGCAUAGUACCUGCAACGAAUAUGACCUCUGCGUAGACUGUUUCUCUAAGGGUGAAUCUUCACACAAUCAUCAACCGGCUACACAUCCUUUCCGAGUAAUUGAACAAAAUUCCGUGCCCAUCUAUGACAAGAACUGGGGCGCAGAUGAGGAGCUCUUACUGCUCGAGGGCGCCGAGAUAUAUGGUCUCGGGUCGUGGGCAGAUAUAGCAGACCACAUCGGCGGUUAUCGGAAUAAAGAUGAAGUGCGGGCCCAUUACCAAAAGAUAUAUUUGGACAGUCCGAACUUCCCGUUACCUAUAAGAGCGAGUCCAAAAGAUACAGCUCUCCUUGAUGAAAUACCUCGAGAAGAAUUCCAAGCACGGAAGAAGAGGAGAAUCGAGGAUAGGAAGGAGGCUGCAAAGAAUGCACCCCCUGCUACUCCAAAGAAGAAGCCUACAGCCAGUGUACCAGCAUGUCACGAAGUUCAAGGAUAUAUGCCAGGUAGAUUGGAGUUCGAGACCGAGCAUGCGAAUGAGGCAGAAGAGGCAGUUCAGCACAUGCAAUUCGAUCCUGGAGAUGGCCUUAAUCCACGCACAGGCGAAUUGGAGCCAGAGAUGGAGUUAAAGAUGACUGUAAUGGACAUCUACAACGCACGUCUCACACAGCGAGCGGAGAGAAAGAAGGUCAUAUUCGAGCAUAACCUUCUCGACUACCGGAAGAACGCUGCAGCUGACAAGAAGCGUACCAAGGAAGAGCGAGAUCUGCUGAACAAAGCCAAACCCUUUGCUCGAAUGAUGAACCACGACGAUUACCAGGAAUUCUGCAAUGGGCUCAUCGAGGAACACAAUCUUCGCCAAGCUGUGGCACAAUUACAAGAUUGGCGACAUAUGAAGAUUGGAGAUCUGGAAAGCGGGCAGAAGUACGAGCAAGACCGACUUGCACGACAACAAAAGGCCCAACCCAUGGGUUCGCUCGAUCGAGAACGAUUUGCGAGCUCACAGCGUACCAAAGCUCCUCCUGUCAUCGAGACACCUUCUGGAGCUGCCGCCUUCGUGGCACCAGACUUCGAAACUCGCACAAGUACCAAUACUGUGGGUGGGUCGCCGCCUCGAGACAAGAAUGUUCCAGAAAAGGUUCUCACAAAUGGGCACACAAAUGGGACUGCUACACCUGCCAAGCAGAAAUACCAGAUCCCCGCGCUCAGUGGAGUCUCGCCGAUAUCUCUUGCACAAGAGAACGUGGCAGAUCUCCAUCUGCUGACCCUGGAAGAAAUCGAACUUUGCGAGAAGACUCGACUCCAUCCCAAGCCGUACCUGGUGAUCAAGGAAGCCGUCAUGAAGGAGGCAUUGAAAGUAAAUGGGCAGAUGAAGAAGAAACAAGUGAAAGAGCUCACUAAAUUAGAGAAUCAGAAGGGAGGUAGAAUAUUCGAUUUCUUCGUCGCGCAUGGCUGGCUUGGUAAAGCAUAG